CAGAAUAGUCAUUUUCAGCACAUAGCAACACCCGUGUGUCAACAACUAGCCUAGAUCGACUGCCAAGUUGCUCUCCCUCUAUUGAUGUCCAGUCUGAAAGUGUGGUUUUUGCAAAUGGUUGCCUCAGAAAUGGCUGUUCCAAGGCAAGAAGAAGCUACAGAAUAUCUUGAAAAACAUCGAUUAAUGGAGCUCUUCGACAACAUAACAGCUCAACUUGUUUUUCAUAGACCAGAUAAUCCCAAGGCCUUCAUGAUUGACUACAUUGAGAAACUCAAGGAAUCUAGGACCACACAGCUGGACUUCCCUUGCCUGUUUGAUGAGUCCAACAUAGAAUCUGUCUUUGGAAUGUUAGAUCCCACAAAAAAGGGGUUUAUAACCCUAGACCAGUAUAAACAAGCGAUUGACACCCUUGGUUGUCAGAGUGCAGAUCCUCAUCCUGCCGGAGCAGACAUCGACAGGAUCACACAGGAAUCAUUCACAAGGGAAGUAAAAGUUGCCUUGAAGAAGGCUUCAGCGACCUUUGAACAAGUUUAGGCUGAGAGAUGGCUCCUGAGGGUGGUUUGAGCUGCUAUCACCAAUGACGGGCAACCCUUACUGUUCUAGCACUGGCUGCUUCAAGCUCUUUGGCUGAAAAAAACUUUAACCAGACAAUUCAGAGGGACUGAUUACACAUCCCGUCAAUCAAUGAAAUGGUGGCAGUGUUUAUAAGGAAUUAGAGCUAGAAGGAAAUUAUCAAAGGCAGAUGUCCCUAAAUAUGGUGGCUUUCCCCAUCUAGCCCACCCCACCCCCACAAAAAAUUUGAAAGUAACAAGGGGAGAAAAUAGAAGAAAAUCAAAGGAACAAAAGAAGGGAUGAAAAGAGAUUUGCUAGAAAAUUUCCUUGGGAUUGACCCCUGUCCACCAUUAAGUUGUAAGUUGCCUCUGCAGAUCUCUGUCUCCCCCCCCCCCGAAACAAAUCCUGGCAAUGACCAUGGCCAUAAACAAAAAGGUUUAAUGAUGAUAGAGGCUUUGCAUGGCAGCCAUCUUGCAGGACAGUUCUUUUGUUUCACAGGAAAACCUCCCUUAUGCAUACCCUGUGGAACAAAAGAACUAGCCUGCAAGAUGACAGCCGUGAAAACCCUCUAUUCUCCUUUGCUAGAUUGGCGAGGUGUUGUCACAGACAGACUUCAGGCACAUCAAUACAUGUACUUGCCAUGUUUCGCAUUUAGUUAUAUACAGGUUCAUCAUCUUUUAAAAGGCAUGCUUUGUUUGCAGAUUUCAGGACAGGGGUUUUUCAGUAAGCACUUUGAUGAUUUUUAACUUAGAAAACGAGUACAUGUAGAUGUGUUUUUUUAAUAUUUAAACACUAAGUGUGCACCUUCACAGGAAAACAGUUCAGGAGAGACCCAACAAACAAGAAAACAAACUUUUUCACCCAGCCAGACACUGUACCCACAUGUAACUUUAGUUGCACUCAAAAUGCUUCUGCACCAAAGUGGCCCAAGUGGAUGCUUUGUUGAAAUCACACCAUUUGUGGUAUUUGGCAAGCUUUAGGUAAAACUUGUAAAAAUUGUAAAUAAAAGCAAAAUGCGAUGUUCAUUUGUCUUGA